AUGCAGGCGCUGCAGCUGCAGUACGAGUUUUUCAGCGAGGAGAACGCGCCCAAGUGGAGGGGGCUGCUGGUGACGGCCCUGAAAAAGGUGCAGAUGCAAGUCCAUCCUACACUUGCAUCAAAUGAGGAUGCUCUCCAAUACGUCGAAGAGUUAAUUCUACAGCUGUUAAGUAUGCUGUGCCAAGCUCAACCCCGAAGCGUUUUAGAUGUUGAGGAUCGUGUACAAAAAAGUUUUCCUCAUCCAAUUGAUAAGUGGGCGAUAGCUGAUGCUCAGUCUGCUAAUGAAAAGAGGAAGCGAAGAAAUCCAUUAUCUCUCCCAGUAGAAAAAAUUCACCCCUUAUUAAAGGAAGUUCUAGGGUAUAAAAUUGACCACCAGGUUUCUGUUUACAUAGUAGCAGUAUUAGAAUACAUUUCUGCAGAUAUUUUAAAGCUGGUUGGAAAUUAUGUACGGAAUAUACGACAUUAUGAAAUUACAAAACAGGACAUUAAAGUAGCAAUGUGUGCUGAUAAGGUAUUGAUGGAUAUGUUCCAUCAAGAUGUAGAAGAUAUAAAUAUAUUAUCUUUAACUGAUGAAGAACCUUCCACUUCAGGGGAACAAACAUAUUAUGACCUGGUAAAGGCAUUUAUGGCUGAAGUUCGACAAUAUAUAAGGGAACUUAAUCUUAUUAUUAAAGUAUUUAGAGAGCCAUUUGUCUCCAAUUCAAAAUUAUUUUCUUCUCACGAUGUAGAAAAUAUAUUUAGUCGUAUAGCAGAUAUUCAUGAACUCAGUGUUAAAUUAUUGGGCCAUAUAGAAGACACUGUAGAAAUGACAGAUGAAGGCAGUCCCCAUCCAUUAGUUGGUAGCUGCUUUGAAGACUUAGCAGAGGAAUUGGCAUUUGAUCCAUAUGAAUCGUAUGCUCAAGAUAUUUUACGACCUGGUUUUCAUGACCAUUUUCUUAGUCAAUUAUCCAAGCCGGGGGCCGCCCUCUAUUUGCAGUCAAUAGGUGAAGGUUUCAAAGAAGCUGUUCAGUAUGUUUUACCCAGGUUACUUCUAGCACCUGUGUACCACUGUCUACAUUACUUUGAACUUUUAAAGCAAUUAGAAGAAAAGAGUGAAGACCAGGAAGACAAAGAAUGUUUGAAACAGGCAAUAACUGCUUUGCUUAACCUUCAGAGCAGUAUGGAAAGAAUAUGUUCCAAGAGUCUUGCAAAACGGAGGCUGAGUGAAUCUGCAUGUCGAUUUUAUAGCCAACAGAUGAAGGGGAAACAACUAGCAAUAAAGAAAAUGAACGAAAUUCAGAAGAACAUUGAUGGUUGGGAGGGAAAAGACAUUGGACAGUGUUGCAAUGAGUUUAUCAUGGAAGGAACCCUUACACGUGUAGGUGCCAAACAUGAGAGACACAUCUUUCUCUUUGACGGCUUGAUGAUUUGCUGUAAAUCAAAUCAUGGUCAGCCAAGACUUCCUGGUGCUAGCAAUGCUGAGUAUCGUCUCAAAGAGAAGUUUUUUAUGCGCAAGGUACAAAUCAAUGAUAAAGACGACACUAAUGAAUACAAGCAUGCCUUUGAAAUAAUUUUAAAAGAUGAAAGUGUUAUAUUUUCUGCCAAGUCUGCUGAGGAGAAAAACAACUGGAUGGCAGCACUGAUAUCCUUACAAUACCGCAGUACUCUAGAAAGGAUGCUGGAUGUAACAAUGUUACAAGAAGAGAAGGAAGAGCAGAUGAGGCUUCCAAGUUCUGAUCUUUAUAGAUUUGCAGAACCAGACUCUGAAGAAAAUAUUGUAUUUGAAGAAAACAUGCAACCCAAAUCUGGAAUUCCAAUCAUCAAAGCAGGAACUGUUAUUAAACUGAUAGAGCGACUCACAUACCAUAUGUAUGCUGAUCCCAAUUUUGUUCGGACAUUUCUUACAACAUAUAGAUCUUUCUGCAAGCCUCAAGAGCUACUGAGUCUUCUGAUAGAGAGGUUUGAAAUUCCAGAACCUGAGCCAACAGAGGCUGAUAGAAUAGCUAUGGAGAAUGGAGAUCAACCCCUUAGUGUAGAACUAAAACGAUUUAGAAAAGAAUACAUACAGCCUGUUCAACUCCGAGUGCUAAAUGUUUGUCGACAUUGGGUAGAACACCACUUCUAUGAUUUUGAAAGAGAUACAGAUCUUUUGCAACGAUUAGAAGAAUUUAUUGGAACAGUAAGGGGUAAAGCAAUGAAGAAAUGGGUUGAAUCUAUCACUAAAAUCAUCCAACGGAAAAAAAUGGCAAGAGAUAAUGGACCAGGACAUAAUAUAACAUUUGAAAGUUCACCUCCUGCAGUUGAAUGGCAUAUAAGCAGACCUGGACACACAGAAACUUUUGACCUGCUCACCUUGCACCCAAUAGAAAUUGCUCGACAGCUUACGUUACUUGAAUCAGAUCUCUACCGAGCUGUACAGCCAUCAGAAUUAGUUGGAAGCGUAUGGACAAAAGAAGACAAAGAAAUUAAUUCCCCUAACCUUUUGAAAAUGAUCCGCCACACAACUAAUCUAACUUUGUGGUUUGAAAAGUGUAUUGUGGAAGCAGAAAACCUAGAAGAAAGAGUAGCUGUGGUGAGUCGAAUAAUUGAGAUUCUUCAAGUCUUUCAAGAACUGAACAACUUUAAUGGUGUACUUGAAGUUGUCAGUGCCAUGAACUCAUCACCUGUUUAUAGACUGGACCACACAUUUGAGCAAAUUCCAAGUCGCCAAAAGAAAAUUUUAGAGGAAGCUCAUGAACUAAGUGAAGAUCAUUAUAAAAAAUAUUUGGCAAAACUCAGGUCUAUUAAUCCACCAUGUGUGCCUUUCUUUGGAAUUUAUCUAACAAAUAUCUUGAAAACAGAAGAAGGCAAUCCUGAAGUGUUGAAAAGACAUGGAAAAGAACUUAUAAACUUUAGCAAAAGGAGAAAAGUUGCAGAAAUAACAGGAGAAAUACAGCAGUACCAAAAUCAACCAUACUGUUUGCGAGUAGAAUCUGAUAUCAAAAGAUUCUUUGAGAAUUUGAAUCCAAUGGGAAAUAGCAUGGAAAAAGAAUUUACAGAUUAUCUUUUCAACAAGUCACUAGAAAUUGAACCAAGAAACCCUAAGCCUCUACCAAGAUUUCCAAAAAAAUAUAAUUAUCCCCUCAAGUCUCCUGGUGUUCGUCCAUCAAACCCAAGACCAGGUACCAUGAGACACCCCACACCACUGCAACAGGAACCAAGGAAGAUUAGUUACAGUCGGAUCCCUGAAAGUGAAACAGAAAGUACAGCAUCUGCACCUAACUCUCCACGGACACCAUUAACACCUCCCCCUGCCUCUGGUGCUUCCAGUACCACCGACGUGUGCAGUGUGUUUGAUUCUGAUCAUUCAAGCCCUUUUCACUCAAGCAGCGAUACCAUCUUUAUCCAAGUUACACUGCCCCAUGGCCCAAGAUCUGCUUCAGUAUCAUCAAUAAGUUUAACCAAGAGCACUGAUGAAAUGACCAUCCCCCCACCUGUGCCCCCCAGAAGAAGACCAGAAUCAGCCCCAGCAGAAUCUUCUCCCUCCAAGAUUAUGUCCAAACAUUUGGAUAGUCCUCCAGCAAUUCCUCCUCGGCAACCCACCUCAAAAGUGUAUUCACCACGUUACUCAGACCGGACCUCGAUAUCCGAUCCUCCGGAAAGCCCUCCCCUUUUACCACCAAGAGAACCUGUGAGGACACCUGAUGUUUUCUCCAGCUCACCACUACAUCUCCAGCCACCCCCUUUGGGCAAAAAAAGCGAACAUGGCAAUACUUUCUUCCCCAACAGCCCCUCCCCUUUUACGCCACCCCCUCCUCAGACACCUUCUCCUCAUGGCACAAGGAGACAUCUGCCAUCACCACCAUUAACACAACAGGAUGUGGACCUUCAUUCCAUCCCUGGGCCGCCUGUUCCUCCACGACAAAGCACUUCUCAACAUAUCCCAAAACUUCCUCCAAAAACUUACAAAAGGGAGCACACACACCCAUCCAUGCAUAGAGAUGGACCACCUUUACUGGAGAAUGCCCAUUCCUCCUGAGUUCUCUUGUGCUGGGAUAAACGUUUUCCUGGCUCAAAGUCCAUUGCUGGCAAUGGAUGCACUGAAACUGCCAGCACUGAGGAGUUCAAACAUGUACUCCAAACACUAAAUACUCUACUUUAAAAUGCAGUAGACAGUGAACCGCGAGCCUGAGAAGUAGUCUAAAGAGAAUUGGAUAUUCCUGUUCGGAAUGCAGAAAAACUGAUGUGGAGUAAUUGGACAACCGAUUGCACCUAGAAAUGGGAUAAAGGGACUUUUCUAGCCAAUAGACAGGAGUCGUGUUUGUGUCUUGGUCUUUAUCAACAAAGGGAUAGAAAGUAUAGUCUGGUGUCCAGCAGGCCCAUAUGGUAACAGUUUUUGUAACUCAAACAUUAUGCACUUUUUUUAAAAACCUUAAACAGGGAUCUUUUUAUCCUUC